UUUUAAGAUGGCGUCUAAGUAUACCUGUUCUAUUUGUUUAAAUAACUUUACCAAACCCAAGCUACUGCCAUGUUGUCACCACACUUUCUGUGAACAUUGUAUAGGUGACUACAUCAAGGCUCAUGCUCAUUUGAACAAGUUUAACUGUCCUAUUUGUAGACAAGAAACAGUAGUACCAUCAGGUGGUGCCAGUCAGUUUGUCAACAACUUUUAUCUAGAAGACGAUGAUGAUGAUAAACAGUAUUGUACAAAACACACGAAGAAAGAAAUAGAAGUUUAUUGUCGAGAUUGUCACAAACCAUGUUGUUCUGUUUGUGUUAUGGUGGAUCAUACAGGCCACACAUUGGCGGAUUUAGAUGACGCAGACCAGGAGAUGAGAGAAAUUGUCAUGAAACUGAAAACAGAAUCAGAAAAGAAGAUAAAACAGUUACAAGAACAUUCUGACUUUCUGAAGACCAAAAUAUCUGACAUGAACAAAUCAUGUAAGACAGCUUGUGAUAAAGUUGAUAAACAAAUAGACAAUAUUUGUGAAAAAGCCAGGAAGAUGGGAGGAACAAUUAAAGAUGACAUCAAUAAAAUUGGUGAAGAUGAAAACCGUAAAUUCACCAAACUAGUAGAAGAUGAUGACAAGAUGACAUCUAAAAUGAAAGAAUGGUGUGAAUAUGCUGAUCGUAUAUUACAACAUAGAUCUAUAAUUACGUCCGUAGAUAAACAUGGAUUAACAGAUGUUCAAACCAAAACUGAUUACAUAUCAACAAAUUUACAUAAACCUGUAGUCAGACAUCCAUAUUAUUCUAUGGUGAAGGUUGAUGUAGACUGUUUAAAACGACUACUGGGUGAAGUACAAACACCAACAACAUUUACCAGUAGUUUUAGUUUGAAUCAGGUGAAGCCAAAUGGGGAAUACUAUAGUGAUGUUGUAAUAAUACAAGGAUUACCAUGGUGUGUACGUGUUAAAUGUGGUAGAUCAAUAUUAUUUAUUGACCCGGUAUUGAAGAAAGUAGAAGAUAAAACUAUUAAAACUGUUACAGUUAGUUAUACAGUAAAACUGUUAAAUAUCAAUGAUGAGAGUAAAUCACUAGUUAAACAAGAUACACGUACAUGUAAACCUGGUGAUUGUACAUAUACUGGUAUAUGUAUAGACUGGGAUGAACUACAAGAUAUAAACAAUGGUUUUAUUGAUGACAACAAGAUAUUUACUGUACAAACUACUGUUAAUAUAUAACUGAUGUAGAACGAUAGUGAAGACAUAUAAUAAACAAUAACAGUUAUAGUUAUAUAAUAAACAUUAGCCUACAUUCAUAAACAAUAAUAGGAUAAACCACAGAAUGUCAACAAACAUAAUUUUUGUAAGGUAUAUAUUAUCGAAAUGUUCCCUCUAAAUUUUAGUAAUUAGUGAGCGCACACAUCAUGUGGUGUGCAAAUUUCAUUUUGUGGCAACAAUACGUGGACAAUACAUGUACAAACAUGCGGAACUCUUUUGUUUUUGUUGUGAUUCGCG